UACAUCCGAGGUAAAUAUUAAACAUGGAACACUGUUGUACCUAUGCCCCAGUGGCCUAAUGGAUAAGGCACUGGCCUCCUAAGCCAGGGAUUGUGGGUUCGAGUCCCAUCUGGGGUGUCAGUGACAUUUUCCCCCCCUUCAAAGACAGUCACACAUCUAUCGUUCGUUACUUGAAAUGCCAAUACUUUUCACUGCACUAUAAACAGUGGUGAUAGAAAAAAAAGGAUCAUUUUUGGUAGAAAACAACAAGAACAUAUCUGCAUAAAUGAAGGAGCAUCUCGCUAAACUGUGGAUAUUGUUCAACACUUUGGCUGCAUCUGGACACACUUGGCGCCUUCAUGAGGCCACUGUGUACUGGGAUGCUGCCCAGAAAAGGGUGAUCCUAAAGGAGGAUGUGAUGGAGACAGAGGGGGGUGCCUACGGCUACUUCAAUGAUACUCUGCACUUAACCGGGUGGGGCAUCUUGGAAAUUUGUGCCGGUUUUGGAAAUGUCCAACAGGAAGACGAGACAACCUUCUUCCUGGCUGGCUACCUGGAAGGCUACUUCACUGCCAAACAGAUGUUUAACCAUUAUUCCAACGUGUACCCUCAGCUAAUAAAGGACGAGAAGGUUCUGAAUCCCUUGGAAAGUUUCUUAAGCGAACAGGAUCAAUGGGCCAGAGAGCAGGUAAAACUGAGGAAGAACAGUGAACCCUUGUGGAACUACUUGGGACUGAUCUUGGCCCAACUGGACGGUCUCAUAGCUGGAGCUGCAUCGUGGGCCAAAAGCAAACACACAGAGCCUCUGUCAGUGUUUACGGUACAGUUUCUGAAUAGUGUUGGCGACCUCCUGGACCUCGUCCCUGCUCUAACACCUCGCCUCAACUCUGCCGGGCCCAAGUCUUUCAGUAUUCAAGGGAUGGGCCACUGCACGGCUCUCAUAAAGGUGACGCCUGGUUUUGAGAACCUGCUGCUUGGUCACUCCAGCUGGUACAAUUAUGCAUCCACCAUGCGCAUCUACAAACAUUGGAACCUCAGGGUGUCCAACAUGCACGUAGCCACGGGAAAGAUGUCGUUCAGCAGCUACCCUGGCUUCCUUACGUCUCUGGACGACUUCUACCUCCUUGGUAGCCGCCUACUGGUUACUCAGACUUCAAUCGGUGUUUUCAACGCCUCCUUGUUCUCUCAGCUCAGCCCUCACAGCCUGCUGGCCUGGCAGAGAGUCCGCCUGGCCAACAGCUUGGCGCGCAGCGGUGAAGAGUGGGUGCAGAUCUUCUCAAAAUACAACUCAGGUCACAGUAGCUGCAGGUUGUGGGACUCAAGCUUGCAGGAAACAAGACAAUGUUUAUCUUCCCGUGUUGCAGGUACAUAUAACAGCCAGUACAUGGUGGUGGACCUGAGUAAGAUCUCACUUGGUCACAGCAUCAGAACUGGAGCUCUGACUGUUGUGGAGCAGAUUCCCGGGAAGGUGAUGCACUCUGACCAGACCCAGACUUUGCGAGGAGGGUACUGGCCGUCCUACAACAUUCCAUUUCAUGUUGAAAUCUACAACCUGAGUGGAUACAGCGUGAUGUGGACAAAACAUGGUGAAGAUUUCUCUUAUGACCUUUGCGCCAGAGCUAAAAUCCUGCGCAGGGACCAGGCCAAGGUGUUUGAUCUCAGGUCCCUCAAGUACAUCAUGAGAUACAACAACUAUAGGAGAGAUCCUUAUGCCAAGGGCCAUCCAUGUAAAACCAUCUGUUGCCGUAACGACCUGCGACCAAGGAGACCACGGCCAGGUGGUUGCUACGACACUAAGGUGACCGACUACCAGAUGGCUCUCCAGCUGGCAGCAGAAGCAAUAAACGGCCCUACAAUCCAGGGGGGGUUACGACCAUUCACAUGGCUCUCCUUCAACCUCACGGCUCACGACGGCCUUCCUAACAAGUACAACUUUACUUUUAUCACUGUGAGACCCGCUCUGCACAAGCCGUAAACGUACCAGCCCUCAAAUCCAUAGCAUAUAUUGUGUUAACGGUUUAGUUUGUGUGCUAGCAUUCAAACAACGGUUGCAGAUUGGGCAGCUACUUGGAUGUCAUGCAAAGCAUUGUUCCCUAGAGGAGGGAUGCUGUUGACCUUUUCCUCCAGCAUCACCAGCAAAUGUUAAUGUUUAACUGUCAGUAAACUGGUGAAGAGCCUGUUAACGUGUAACAUUGAAUGUACAGUCCGAUAUACACUCUAUGAAGCAUGGAGAUAUAUUUCUUCUAUAUAAUUAUACUGUACAUCUGAGUAGAAUAGAAUACCCUAAUCUGUACAUGUACAACCAGACUGAAUGCAACCCUUCUCAUUUUAGUGUGUUGUAAAAGACUAAUACAAUUAAAGCUACAGUAAAAAAAAAAUAAUAUUUGACAUGUGUUUAAUUGAAUUUCUGGACUGUAUGUGUCAAAAAUGUUUAAAACAAAAACAUAUUGACAGGUUAG